AAAUAUCGCGAGAUUCAGUGCGGCGUGUUCCCCCUGCUCUGGCGUGCUUUGAGGGUCUGUAGCCACAUGUGGCAGUUUUAGUGUGGAGUAUUUAUCCAUGUCUAAUUAGUUAUUUUCGUAUUAAAAUAUAUUAAACGACUUGAAACCAUAACUCUAAACGUGGAUAAACUGUUGUCCUAAGAAGUAUUAAAAUGCAGCACGACGACGUAAUCUGGGACGUUAUUGGAAACAAACAGUUCUGCUCCUACAAAGUCAAAACGAAGAAUAAGAAUUUUUGCCGGAAUGAAUAUAACAUCACUGGGCUUUGUAACCGGUCAUCAUGUCCACUGGCAAACAGUCAGUACGCCACAAUAAGGGAGGUGAAGGGUCAGUGCUUUCUGUACAUGAAGGUGAUAGAAAGAGCAGCUUUUCCAGCGCGGAUGUGGGAGAGGGUGAAGCUGAGCAAAAACUAUGAGAAGGCCCUGGAGCAGAUUGACGAGAACCUAAUCUAUUGGCCGCGCUUCAUCCGGCACAAGUGCAAGCAGCGCUUCACCAAGAUCACGCAGUACCUCAUCCGCAUCCGCAAGCUGACUCUGAAGCGACAGAGGAAACUGGUCCCCCUCAGCAGAAAGGUUGAAAGGAGGGAGAAGAGGAGAGAGGAAAAGGCGCUCAUUGCUGCCCAGCUAGAUAAUGCCAUAGAAAAGGAGCUACUGGAGAGGCUGAAACAAGGAAUGUAUGGCGACAUCUACAACUUCCCGGUGCAUGCAUUUGACAAAGCGCUCGAGAAGCAGGAGGAGGAAGAGAGCGAGACAGACUCGUCAGAAGAAGAGGAGGAUGAUGCCGAUGUUGGGAAGAAGGAGUUUAUCGCAGAAGAUGAGGUGGAGGAGAGCGACCUCAGUGAUUUCGAGGACAUGAAUAACCUGAAAUGUGGCAGUGAUGAGGAGGAAGAGGAGUUGAGUGAGGAAGAAGAUGAAUCUGAGGAUGAGGAAGAGCUGGAGAUGGAGGCGUCUUCCUCAGCCAAGGGGAAGUCCAAAGGGAAGACGCCUCUGAAGGGCCCGGCGCGAAAGAAACGGGCCCAUGUGGAGAUCGAGUACGAGCAGGAGACCGAGUGUCACGCCAAGGUCAAGGCCACAUAACCAUCACGUGGGCACCGGAGCGGGCAGAGCGUGGGCACCGGAGCGGGCAGAGCGUGGGGCGCUGACGCCGCACCAAGGACACGUCUGUGGAGUGCGGACUUUCCCCAAAGAGCCAUACUGAGGCCACCACGGGACGCUCAUGUAGAGCCUGAACUGUUGGGUUCACUCUCUCGCCUGUGUAUGCAGGCAGCUUUCGCUCAUCUCUGCAGACGUAUUUAUGCAUCCUGGAGUUGGCCCAUAUUUUUUAUUAGGAGUCACAAUUUGUGCUGAUUGACUGAUCUCACUGUUGGGUCCUUCAGCAAGACCCUUAUCCCCAGAUUGCCCCAGGUACUGUCUCGCUCUGCUUUCUUUAAAAAAAAAUAAAAAAUGUACAUUGCUUUGUGUAACAGCAUCUUCUAAAAUUAAA